AUGGUUCAAAUCCCACCACCAAUUUCACCAAAACAAGAACCUCAACAAGCAUUAAUUCAACAACUUGACUAUUACUUCUCGUUAGAAAACUUGAUUAGAGAUGUCUAUUUGAGAAAGAAUAUGGAUGGUGAAGGAUGGGUUAGCCUUCUGUUAAUUUUAGAAUUCAAAAGAGUUAAAAUCAUCAUCAACAGCAUUCAAAACGAAGUUGAAGGCGAUGUUGAUGCUAUCAUUUUGGAUGCCGUUAAACAAUGUAACAAUCUAGAAAUCAAGUACAGUGGAGAAGAAUCCAGUGCCAAGUUAGAAGACGUUCAAUUGAGAGUCAAGGAAAACUACGAACAAUGGUUAUUGCCAGCUGAGAAGUAG